AUGGACUUCAACUCUCUGAAAGAUUACGAAGAAUUGUUAAAGCUUUACAACUGGUGGUUCAACCCAAAACUGGUAUGGGAUGCAGUAAUAGCGGAAUUCGCGUUGGAAGAAACCUUGCUACCAGGAACUUAUUGGGCUGGUCUGAAGCUCAAUGCGACAAAGUACACCAUCUCCCCAAUGGAACGCGUUUCGGAUGCGAGGGUACUUACAACAGGAUGGAAUCAUAUAUGA